AUGACCUAUCUCGGUAACCUUCUGGACUUUUAUAAAUGCAUAAUCCAAAGUGGCGCGGGCAUCUUCGUCUGCGAAUGUGGGUGGGAUGGAAUUAGCAGCCAGCUAGCCAAUGUUCAUGCCACACGUUCUGCUGCAGUGUGCCACAGCGCCGGCAACCGCACUUCCAAGAUGGAAGCAGCUCCCAAAGCCCUGCUUGACUGGAUCGCCGAACACCCCUACCAAACCUUCUUUCACGUCGUCAACGGCGUCGUGCUCCUCACACCCGCUGCAGCUACUGUCCCCAUCUUCAGCGCACUGGGUCUAAGCGCUGGAGGCCCUGUUGCUGGCUCUGCGGCGGCUUCCAUCAUGAGCUACUUCAGCUAUGUACCUGCGGGCGGCGUAUAUGCCAUGGCACAGAGUGCAGCCAUGGGAGGAUAUGGCGCGAGCAUUGCGGCUGGUGCGGCGCAGGCUGGCGCUCUGGCUUCGUCGGUCGCGGCGUGGAUGCUUGGACGUGGCUAG